GGCAAUAUUGAUGAAGACUAUCUACCAUCCAAUGGUGAAGGAAGGGUCAGUUCUAGUGAGGAGGAUGACGACUCCUCGGAUGAUGAUGUCUCCUCAGAGUCUCAAGCGAAUAAGGUCCAGGAAAGAAGAAAAGUCCUUCUGAUCCUCAAUCUAUGAGAAAAUCGCAAAGAACUCAAGAAAAUGGUCUCCAAGCUCUCCAGAUCCAACCUCAUUCUGUCCUAGCUGAAGGCAUGACUGAGGUGGCUGCCCAACCUACUCAGCUCCCCACAUCACCUACCGAACAAACCAACCCGUUUGGUAGCCCACAUACUAUUGCGAGCAGCAUGGCAGCGUCCUCAUCAAUCGCGGGCAAGAAGCGCGUAAGAGGUCCAACAAGGGGGAAGAAUGUGGAUAACAUGAGGAAAACUCUUGGUCAUCCCAUCCCCGUCAUUAUUAAUCCUGAAACUAUGUCAAUAGAGGGGAAGUAUGCAACUUCUGUGGCUUGUGCUAUCGGGUUGAAUAUUCGAGAUCAUGCACCAGUUCGAGACAUUGGAUGGGGAGACAUUGAUUUUGGGAUCAGAGAGUCUAUCAUUCUGCGAGUUGGGCAAAUGUUUGGCCUAGGUGACUACAAGAAUGAUAUGGUUGUUAGGCGUGUCAUUGACAUCAAAUGUCAAUCUUUAUAUGCGAACUGGAAGUGCGAUUUAUACAAACACUACAAAGAUCUUAAGGAGAAGAAGGUGUCUGACAUCAAAAGUCGUGCAUUAGAUCCUUGUAACCCGAAUGACUGGGUAUUCAUGAUUGAGAAUGUGUGGGAGACCCAAGAUUGGAAGACGAAAUCUGACAGGGGGGCGCAUGCACGAUCCUGCUUGAAAUUCAAUCAUACUAGCGGCUCGCUAUCAUUUGCUGCACGAGCAGCCAAGUUUAUUAAAGAGAAUAACAAAAAGCAGCCUCUCGCGGAGCACUUCAAGGAGACACACAUACGCCAUCGGCUGGGAAAUGAUGUGUGGAUAAACGAUAAGGCAAAGGAAGCUCAUCAAGAAAUUGUUAGAAUCACUUCCGAUGUCACAAAUCCUCAAACAGAAGAACAUGCUUCCAUUGAGGUGCUUGGGAAGAGAUCUGGCUACUUGAAAGGAUAUGGAAUUCGCAAGAACACUAAAGCAAAUGCAAUGCCGUCCCAACCAAUACCAAAUCCAGAGGUGGUUGCUCUUCAAGAAAAAUUGGCUAAUCAUGAGAAAGUCGUGGCUAAUUAUGAGAAAGCCAUGGUUGAUCAAGCUAAAGUGUUCCAAAAUAUGCUGAUGAUGGUGGUAAUGAAAUCUGGAAUAGAUCCAGCUUGCAUUCCAAGGUUAGUUUCAUGCAGUGGAAAUGAAGAGGAUGACACAUUGGUUGGAGAGAAAGAUGACGAAGCUUGUCAUUAAGAUGGUCACAUGGGUGCUGAAUUCAAAUAGUUAAAAGAGUUUUUGGAUAUUGUUUUUGACACUAUGCUGCUAGUGAUCUCUUUGGUAAAAUCUCAAUGCAUUAACAUAUAAUGAGACUAGUUUUUUGGAUGCAUUAGGCAUUGAGAUUAGUUUUUGGAUGCAUAUAUGUUGGAUGUAUGAAUU